AUGUCACCGCCAAACAAUAUGGCGUCUCCGAGCGAACACGACUCUGAAAGACACACAGAGGUGCAGCCACUCGCUACCGAAGCAGAUGACCAUCCAGAAGUGUCACCCCUUCUCCUAAAUCCUCAAUCUUCCUCUGGCGCUUUUGGUUCGAACGAAUUGUCUUCUGGUGAUAAUGGUGUUCGUGUGGAGCAACGUUCACUAUCUGACGAGCCAGAAGAUCAGGAAAAUGCAUUCUCAACGGAGGCUGCAUCUUCUGCGUCUGUUCUUCAUGGCAGAUGGUUCCCUUAUACACUGGAAUGGCCAUUUCUUAGCCUUUUGGCCCUUUUCACCUGCGGAUUGACGCUCACAGUCAUCGGAUUGUACUGGUACUCCGCUACCCAUUACGGUUUAGGCAACGACAACGACACCGCCCUUCUCUUUUUUGCAUGGAGGUUUGCCCCAUCGCUCAUCGCUGUCAUUUACGUCCAGAUGACAGCAAUGGUACUCGACGACGUCAAGAGGACCGAACCUUUUGCACGGAUGGCAAGACCAAAUGGUGGACUGGGCUCUUGGACAAUCCUUCAAAGCUCCGGAGCCUGGUGGAAUGCCCUGGCUGACGGGAUAUCCAAGAAGAAGAACGCCAACCACCGAAGCUGGAUUCUCAUUGCUUCCGCUCUCAUCAACAUCUUAGGUUUCCUCGUGAUCUCUCCUCUUUCACCCUCUCUACUGGAACCUACCAGCAUCACUAUAGUGGAGCACACGGACUUUACAGCACUCGCACCAAACUCUACAUUGCCAUUGAGUACUGACAGGGAGACAUAUCUGCGCAUCCUCGGCAACAUCCUUCAGAACGUAUCAACCUCAGCCUGGAUAUCGGAAGACUUUACAUUCUUUCCAAUAUGGCCUUCAGAUCUCGUCGAUGCCCCACUCGGUCCUUCCUUAUCUUCAACGCCGGAGGAAUGGCACGCCGAAACUCUCGUUAUGAACACAGAGCUUGAUUGCAAACCAAUGGUUUUGAAGCAUACUCAGAUGACGAAUGAGAGCUCUGUCAACGACUUAAACGAGACGCAGUGGGCCUUGGGAGCUCUGGCCUUGUUGACUUCGGAUGAUGGAUGCGAUUUGACCAUCAAGAUGGAUGAACGUUACGCGGUUAUCGGAGCUGCAUUUUGGUCUGCGAUUCACGACCUACCAUCGUGGGCAAUAGGAAAUUACUCGGCAGAAUGCGGGGAGAGAGAGUUCGUUGGCGCCAUGACUUCGUUGGCGCACUACAACAACGGACCUCUGGAGCUCACGCCUGACUUCACCAUCUCUGCACAAGUAUGCGCAGCCAACUACUACAUGGCCAAGAUUCAAGUCAAAGCCCUUUCUACGGGAACCGAGUCUGAGAUCAGCUUCGAUGAGAGCACGUAUUACGGCCAUCGUAGACCGAUUCCAGCGGGGACCUUGAACGUCGAAGCGGCCCAAGAAAUAGCCCUUUCUUCAAACUGGUCACGAUACAUGCCAUACCACAUGCCAUACAUCGCAUCACCCGAAGCACCCGUAAUUGAUGGCUUGGUACUGAAUCUAGCGGCACUGUAUGAUUUCGACGUGGGAGAAAUGGCUAGAAACAGCGAUCUAGUCACGCCAGCAAGAGGAAUCAAGCAGCGGAUUUUUGGAGAGGUUGUACAGCGUUCUCUUCUUCAUCAGGAGCAAUCAAGCCAGAUCUCCGUCAAAGGCUUGGUCAAGAGGGUCGAGCGCAGGAUAGUCGUGGUCUCCGGUAUUGCCAUCAUGGUUGUGACAGUUCUUCUGAUAUCACUGGCUCUAUUGCUGGUCGUCUGGGUAUCUUCGAGACCCUGCCGUCGGCCUCUUCACCUAAACGCGGAUCCUGGAAAGGCUACAACGCUCUGUUCAUUGAUUGCAGAUCAGCCACAUGUCCGACAAACUUUCUCUGGGGUCGAUCGGUACUCCAACAACGGUAUGUAUGGGGCCAUCCGCAAGAACCGGUACCAUACCUCAUUUCAAGCCCUGCAUGAAACACCCGGCCGUAAUGGGCCUGUAGUCGAAGAUGCUGCCUCGAAGGACCCAAAGCCUUCUCGGUCAAUGUCAUUACCAGCAGCUCUACGACUGCGAACGUUGUGUGGUUUGAUGAUGGCUCUGGUAGUGGUUCUGGUCACUCUCUCGGUACUCUACAGCUUUGCGGAGCGCUCAAGUCUUCAUCAAGCUUUCUUUACUUAUGAGGCAAGCAUAACGUUACUCAGCCGAAAGAAGGCUCCCGUGGCACCGACAUCGAUCAUCCCGACAUUUGUAGCUGUCGGAAUAGGGCUUUGGUGGGGUUCCAUGGACGCAACAUUUCGGAGAUUGCAGCCUUUUCUUUCAACUGCCAACGAGCCCACGCCAGCAUCUCAUGGAGUCGCCCUGUCAUACCAGUCAUCUUAUUGGGUUGCAGCCGCCAUCAAAGCAGCUUCAAACCGCCAUUGGUUUUUAUGUUUCAUCACCCUCGGCACCACGUUAUCUCAGAUAUUUACCAUCUCAAUGUCGGCAUUGUUCCAACGCAGCCAAGCCAUCCAGACUACCGCCUCGAUAUUGGAGCGAGACCUUGAGAUACGGGACAUACCCUUAGUCUACAAAAUGUUUUCCCAACAGGCAUGGAAUAGCGACUUGACGCCUAUCUCGGUUCUUGCUAAUAUCUACACACAUCUGACAACAAAUUGGCUCUACAGCGCCACCCUUCAAUUAACACUAGGUGCACGUCAGCCACCGUGGAGCCGUGAUGGCUGGAGCUUUGUUCCGCUCGUCACAGACCAUCUAGCCGGUUUCAGCGCUACAACAGGUUCGGGAGCCUCAUUCUUCCAGCCUGUGGUCAACGUCACGGUUCAAACUCCCGCGAUUCGAGCCAGGCUCGAAUGCAAUCAGUACGGGGGACUAGAUAACUAUUCCUCAUGGCUAACGCAAUGGGACAUGACCAACUCUUCUGUAUGGAAUCAGAGCACCAUUCCAAAAGACAUAGUCACUGGGUACGAGCUCGGAGCGGGCGCAGACAAGACAGCUUUCUUCAACACGUCAUUCUUCACGAACCCAUCCAAGGUCCAGUGCUAUUCCAACGAAACAGGAUAUCCCUCGGGAAACUUGGCCUUUGGAUACUGGUCCUCGGACGACGGCGUCGAAGCUGAUCCGUACGACCACAUGAACAUUUCAAUCAAGUGGAUAUACGGGCAUGGAGUUGCGGGGUGUCGGAUGAACGACGAAGAACCAUCCUACGCAUACGGCAUGCCCACCCGCAACCGCCUCAUCUUCACCGACGUUCCCGCGAUAGCAGCCGUCUGCUGCGCCCCCAUCAUAGAGACGGCCGAGGCCAAGGUGAGGGUGAACAGCGGCACAGGGGAAGUGCAGUUCUUCUCCAUCUUGAGCGAACCGAAAGUCAACAAUGAAGCCUGGAGCGACGAAGACAAGUACUGGGACGUCAACCCUGCCACAUACGGCGACGGCAGUAACGAAGUCAACACAACAACAAGUUUCGGCUUCCUCUUCCAACACUCCCUCCUCGGCGCCGCCAACGUUAAUGGCCUCGACCCGGGAGAUGAAGCACCCUUCGAAUACGAAGACCUCAGCGACCAGUCCUUCAACUACCGCGACCCCAACCGCGGUCUCAACCUCGACUUCAUGACCUACUCCAUGUACACCGAGUCGGGCCAAGCCGACCCCCGCGCCCUCACCAACGCCACCACCCUCGAGCACUACGCGCAGCGCACCUUCGCGACCUUCUUCCAGCACUUCGUCAGCAGCAACCUCUCCCUCACCACCGGCGGCUACGCCUACCAAGCCGUCAACGCCACGCUGCCCUCCGACCUGGGUGCCGCGAGCGACGGCGACGCACUGAACCUCUCGGUGCCGCACUCGCGGACCAAUCGGCGUGCCGAGGCCUUCGUCGCGGCACCCGUUGAGGUGCUUGAGAUGAACCCCGUCGCCGUGUGGCUUAGCAUCGGGGUGCUCGUGUGGUUGAUCGUGACGACGGGCGUUGUGGGCGCGAUGCAGCGGAAGUAUCUGAGGAAUCUGGAGAGCGAUGUCGAGUGCGUUGCGGACGUGCUUGCGCUGGUUGCCGGGAGUGAGAGGUUGUUGGCUUGGGUGAGCGAGAAGGGGGCGGAGGGGCAGGAAGGGGGCAAAGAGGGCGUGGUGACGAAGUUGGGGUGGUUUGAGGACGGACGAGGGGGAAGGCGGUGGGGGAUCGAGGUGGUUGAGGGGCCUGUGCGGUCGGAUGGAGCUGAGGUGGGGGCGAUGCGAGACGUGGAGUAG